AGAAGAAGAAGGAGGAGGAGGAGGAGGAGGAAGAAGAGUGCACGCCCGUACCUGCUCCAGCCGUCACUGCUGCCAUGGAGGUGGUGUCAGCAGAAGUCAACAGCUUGCUCCCUGAGGAAAUCAUGGACACAGGCAUAGCUCUGGUGGGGGAUGACAGCAUUGAGGCGGUCAUCGUGUCCUCCCCCAUGCCAGACUCCAUUCCCAUGGAAACAGAACUGGAAGAAAUGGUGACCAUGAGCUCCACCAGCGACUCCGCCACCGCAGCCACCGUCACCAUCAAGACUGAGGACCCGGACGUGCCGGUGAGCACCGCAGCCCCCAAAGCCGACGUGGCCGCCGUGGUGAAGUCUGCUUUCCCCGGCGGCCUCCACAAGCUCGGUGCUCAGACCCCUGUCACCAUCUCAGCCAACCAAAUCAUCCUCAACAAGGGUGGCGCCGACAUCAAGAUCGGCAACCAGAGCAUUAAGCCGGACGGGCAGAAGCUGAUCGUAACGACCCUGGGCAAGACCGGGCAGCCGAUCGUGCUGGCACUGCCACACAGCCAGCUCCCCCCGGCCCAGAAGGCCACGGCCCAGGCCCAGGGUGGGGACUCCAAGGUCCAAGGGCAGCCGAUCAAAGUGGUGCUGGGAGGGCGGUCGGAGGCCAAGCCGGUGGUUGGCGUCUCGGCUCUGUCGCAGGGAAGCCAGCUGAUCAACGCCGUCACCCAGCCCCCCGUUCUGCAGAGCCAGCAGCUGAAAACAGUGCAGAUCGCAAAGAAGACUCGAACCCCAACUUCUGGCCCAGUGAUCACCAAGCUGAUCUUUGCAAAACCAAUCAAUAGCAAAGCUGUGACAGGGCAGACCACUCAAGUGUCACCAGUCAUUGCAGGUAGGGUUCUUUCACAGUCUGCUCCAGGAACACCACCAAAGACAAUAACCAUCUCUGAGAGCGGAGUCAUUGGAUCAUCCCUGAGCACACCACCACAACAGACACCAAAUAAAAUAGCUAUCUCACCACUCAAAUCCCCUAAUAAGGCUGUGAAAUCAGCAGUGCAGACCCUUACUGUAGGAGGAGUGAGUACAUCUCAGUUUAAGACAAUUAUUCCCUUGGCAACUGCACCCAAUGUUCAGCAGAUCCAGGUCCCUGGAAGCAAGUUCCACUACGUCAGACUGGUUACUGCCACCACAGCCAACAGUUCAACCCAGUCAGCCAGCCAGAAUCCCAGCACCAACACGCAGCCUCUGCAGCAGGCAAAGCCAGUAGUGGUGAAUGCCACCCCAGUGAGGAUGUCUGUACCCAUCGUGCCAGCACAGGCUGUGAAGCAGGUGGUGCCCAAGCCAAUGAACCCAACUUCCCAGAUAGUCACUACUAGCCAGCCCCAGCAGAGACUCAUCAUGCCAGCCACUCCACUGCCUCAGAUCCAGCCCAACCUCACCAACCUCCCACCAGGCACUGUGCUGGCACCAGCCCCUGGCACGGGGAACGUUGGCUAUGCAGUGCUUCCAGCUCAGUAUGUCACACAGCUCCAGCAAUCCUCCUACGUGUCCAUAGCGAGCAGCACAGGCCUCACAGGCAGCUCCAGCAUCCAGUCCCAGGCACGGCUGCCCUUCAACGGAAUAAUUCCUUCAGAAUCUGCAAACCGCCCCAGGAAGCCUUGCAACUGUACUAAGUCUCUGUGCUUGAAAUUGUACUGUGACUGCUUUGCCAAUGGUGAGUUCUGCAAUAACUGCAACUGCACAAAUUGUUACAACAACCUGGACCACGAAAACGACCGACAAAAAGCAAUAAAGGCCUGCCUGGACAGAAACCCUGAAGCCUUCAAGCCCAAAAUAGGGAAGGGGAAGGAAGGAGAGUCAGACCGGAGGCACAGCAAGGGCUGCAACUGCAAACGCUCAGGCUGCCUGAAAAACUACUGCGAGUGUUACGAGGCAAAGAUCAUGUGUUCUUCCAUCUGCAAAUGCAUUGGCUGUAAGAACUUUGAGGAGAGCCCGGAGAGAAAGACGUUGAUGCACUUAGCAGAUGCUGCAGAGGUCAGAGUCCAGCAGCAGACUGCUGCAAAGACCAAGCUAUCUUCCCAGAUCUCAGACCUGCUGACAAGGCCAGCACCAGCACUCAGCAGUGGUGGUGGGAAGCUGCCCUUCACGUUCGUCACCAAGGAGGUGGCGGAGGCGACCUGUGAGUGCCUGCUGGCGCAGGCGGAGCAGGCAGAGAAGUUGGGCAAGUCCAAGGCUGCCGCCGAGAGGAUGAUCCUGGAGGAGUUUGGGCGCUGCUUGAUGAGAGUCAUCAACUCGGCAGGGAAGUCCAAAAGUGAUCCUUGUGCCAUGAACUGCUGACUCGGCACAGGAGCCACCCCCCAGGACUGAGCGGAACACUUAAGGCACAGGGACACUUCAGUUUGGCACAGAGGAGUUCAUGAGAUUUGUUCAUGUGGUGCUUUGCUGUACCUCGACCUGCCCGAGACUGAGAGAAGGACAACCUUUUCUAAACCAGGUGUAGAGCCUUUUAAACCUUAGCUAAAACCCUCUUCUCCUUAAGGCAAGGCCUCAAGCUCAUUCUUCUUCCUAAUGUACAGCUUUUUACCUUCAAAAUUAGUGGUGGGUUUCUUAAAACUUGGCUGUGUUCUCCCCUUUCUCCCCUCCCUCCCCCCAGAACCACUGCCUGAAAGGCAGCUAUAAAUUAUUCUAAUAUAUAUUAUUGACAGUCUGUGGAGCAUGCAGGGGAACACAGCUGAUGCCAGCAGCCAGGUGAUGCUUUUGGGUGCCAGGCCUGAGAUGAGAAGGUGUCAGUGCUGAAAGGAAGUAUGUGACAAGGAGCAUCUGAAGGGAAGGUGGCAGCUGACACAUUGCUUGGAGCACAGAGCACUGUGCAGGCAAGACCAGAGGGGCUGCUUGCAGGUCUAGGGGUGGAGAACCCCCUGGAGCAGAGCCAAAGGAGUUUAAAGGAAUGAACUGGAAACUUUUGAUAAGAAUGUGGCUGAGCUCAGAUGGCUCUGAGGCUGGAACCUGAAGGUGAAGACAGUGAGUGGCCUGUCCUCAGAAGUGAGGAAGAGCAAGCAGGCCACAGUGUAGUGUUACCUGAGUGGGUGCUGUUGUGGAGGUGAAGUCUGGUUUC